AGAGCAGAAACUCCUUUGUCAUUGCUUACUCAGGGCCCUUUUGAUCCUUUUUUUGAGAUACCUCUUGUUAUUUCUUCAAGAUAAUUGCCAGCAUUUGUGCCUGAAUUGAAUAUUGUCGUGAUCGUCCUCCUUCUCCGAUGUCAUUUUCCUUCUGACCUGAACCGGUACAAUGCCGACGCCGAGCGAAAUCACUCCACCGUUAACCGCGAGCGCCCUCGUCGAAGACCCGAUUGUGCAUACGUUGUGUCCACCAGAAAUUAUACGAGCAUCUGCAUUUUCGGUCGCGAGUGAGGAGCGCUCUCUUAGUGAUGGCGAUGGCAAUGUUCUCGAAGAAGGCACCGUGUCGGCCACCAUCGAGUCCACGGCAACAGGUGAUAAUGCUACGUCAUUGAUGGUCGAGACAGCUCGAGAGUCAUCGUCUAUGAAGGGACGUGAAAGUGAAGAUGAUACAGAUAUGGACUCUCCCAGUCCAGCCAAUUCGGCUUCGGACGGCAAAGAUGAUGUGUCGAGCAGCCCGACUUCGCAGACGUCAUCUGUCACUUCAUCCUCAUCUACAUCCUCGUCGCUCAGUCACGAGUUUUCCAAUGUCAGGCUUGUUCCAAACCACACAUGUUCCUUUCUCCGCGCUGGAAGCAGAUUCGAAGGUACACAGGAGUCCGACCACCAAGUGUACAAUGUCCAUGUCGAAAUCAAACACGUUGACAUGGCAGAGUCGUACCUAUGUGGAUAUCUGCGCAUUCAAGGCCUUACCGAAGAACACCCUACCCUAACCACCUUUUUCGAAGGAGAAAUCAUUGGCACAAAACACACAUUUCAGACCAAGCACGAGAGCUGGGGCGCCAACGAGAAGACGGAUAUGCAGCACUGGGCUCGAUUCGAGGCGUGGAGGCCGCUUGCCAAACAGGCCAAGAAAGCCGAUUUCACAUACCGGAACUUUGCGCAGCGCGAGCACUUGUUCAUGCGUUGGAAGGAGUAUUUCCUUGUACCUGAUCAUCGGGUACGGCAAAUCUCCGGAGCAAGCUUUGAAGGCUUCUAUUAUAUCUGUUUCAAUCAGGUUGAAGGAACUGUCAGUGGAAUUUAUUUUCACGCGAAAAGCGAAAAGUACCAAAAACUCGAAUUGAAGCACAUCGAAGAUCACGGAUGUACCCCCGCGAUCGAAUUCCGUUAAACUCGAUCGUUUAACGAGCAAUCUUGAUUACAUAUGUGCCUGAGCAUAUGACACACGAACCAUUGGUGCUAUAUUGGUACAAUACAGCAAGUCCAACUUUGAAGAUCGUUCCUCUUUUGUAGGGGAUGAAAAAGCCUUCGGUUUAAUGCCUUACAUUGUCUAUAACACUAUACCCUCGACUCUUUCUCCUACUGUUCUCUUCUCGCCGUUUCUUUACGAACUCAGGACGCAGCGUAUUUGUUUUCUUGAUUUCACAUCUUCUGUGUAUUCACAAACCACUUAUUACCUUCCGCACUCCCUCUCCGUCUCAGAGAUUAUGAGAUAAUCAUAUCUCAAAUCCAUAUCUCCUUUUUGUGGAUUUCGCUGUCAUGUCAGGGUUCUUUCAAAGCAGAUCAUGAUGAUGGCGCUACUAAGGUUCUUCAAUCCAGUCACUUUUAUUCUCUGUCCAUUCUGUUACAUAGCCACUGAGUAUGCUUCUUUUAAUUCACUUCUGGUUUUGUAUCCUAUCAUGAUUCUUAUAUUGCUUUCGGUGUCUGAAUGGAUAGCUCUGUUAAUCUUGUUCCAUAUACUCUUCUCAGUAUUGCUGUUGGGUGACCCUGAAGCAGUUGAAAUACCGAUGUAGCUAUGCAAUGCAGUUGAAGAAGACUAUGAAUAGGAUAAGAUGGUUGGAAAUUAUACAGAGAAUUGACCGUGUCUUCUCAUAAAUAAGUACCUCGGAAACAGAGAAAAGGUAAGACUAAUCAUCAAAUCCACCCCAUUCAUCAUCCUCAUCCUCAUCCUCCUCAUCGUCUUCACUCUCAUUACUCCUCACCUUCUUCCGCUCUCUAAAUCCCCAGUCGGCCAAUCGCUCAUCUUCCAACACCUCACUAACCACCUUCAUCCGAACAGACUUGGUCUGGCUCUCCUUUCUCAAUCUCUCAAAUGGUCUUAAUAGCAAUCCAAUAGGAACGUCAAGGCGAUCUUUCAAUGAUACUUCCUCGGUCUUUCCGUCUUGAUCACCGUCGUCAUUUGAGGAAAGAACUUUUUCCAGCUCAUCCAGCCAGAUAUCAGUAAUAUGAUAUCGAAGUCCGUCGGGGCCGUGGGGCAUGGUUAUAUCCUCGUUGGAUUUGGGCUUCUUCUCGCUCGGAUCGAAGUUGAUGGGACAUAGAGGCCCUUUUUCAAGAAGAGAGAUGUAUGAUUCUAGUUCUGUCCAUUUUCCAUCCCGUUCAGAACUUGAUCCCUUUCCGUUGUUUUCGCUGUUUUCUUCGGAUUGUUUCCUCCUCUUCCCGUUAUUCGAUUUCUCAUCUCCCUUUCUUUUCCUUUUUUUAUUUUCCUCUUCUUCUUCGUGUUUUUCGGUUGAGUCCUCCUGUUCAUUAUCCGAUUUAUCGUUAAUCUUCCCCUUCAAAUAAAUCUCAAACGCAACGCCGACAUAACACCUAAUCAGAUACAGGUAUUUAUCGAGUCGUAAUCGGUCCAAAGCAUGGAAUUCCCGACCAAUCGUGAUCCAGAAUGCGCGCAGAAAACGCAGUCGACUUUCGCGCGGGAGACUUGGGACGAGAGAGUAUGAGAGAGAGCGGGCGAGUGCUUGUUGUGUUAAAGGGCGGUCGGAAUGGUAGAAGC